AUGAGCCACGAUAGAGAACGCUGCCAUCAAAGUGUGGCCUGGAGUGAUCGACGAGAGUAUUUGCCCACCCCACGUCGAUCAAAGUCGUUGAACAAGCUUGAACAACGUCAAAGCGCCGUGCGCGGGAGCCCCACAUACUCGCCCUCGACGAAUACAAAGACCAUUUGGGCGUUCAGGACUCUCUUCUGUUGCGUCCCAACAGCCUCCGCCGCCCACGCAGACUCCUCCUUCAUGACUCAGAAUUCUGCCAUGAACGGCGCACAACCCACAAGGCAUGGAAGACCUGCUCCGGCAGGUGCUACGCCCCCUGCUCCCGCUGCCGCUCCCCCAGCACCGCCGACCCACCCACACGCACAGACCACCAACCGCCAGCCGAAUGGCACAGCAGUCAAUGGCGCACAUCCCUCUACGCAGAAGGGCAAGAAGAAGGCCGCCGAUCCACCGCCGGUGGAUCCAUCACAGAUGUACGAGACACUGAAGAACCGUAUUGCAGCAUUGGAGGAGGAAGAGGUCCAUGAGGAAGAGGAGGAGAAAAGGUUUGAAUUGAAGCGGCUAGAACGAGAUCACGCCAAAGAGAAGCAGAAACUAGCGAAAGACAAGGAUGCAGACAUCGUCGUGCGUGUGCUGUGCAAGUACCGCGCGGAGCUGUACUUCAAGAUCUCGCGGAAGACGAAGCUUUCGCGGCUGUUCAACGCGUGGACAGAGCGCAUGGAAUCGGGGCCCAAGAAGGGCGACGGCAAGGGCACUCCGCAGCCGAAUGGCACGGCCCUUUCCACCACUCCGAACAGCACCUCGGGUGCUUCCUCGUCCUCGAGCUCUAUGCAGUUCAUCUUCACACAUGGAGGCAGGAGCCUGGAUACGGACCAGACGCCGGAGGAAGCAGGCAUCGAAGAGGGGGACGUCAUCCUCGCUGUCGAAAUCAUGGACCUGACAGAAGGGCCGGGUACCGAGGAGGUCGAUGAGCCGGAGCCUCGUCGACAGAAGCUGAAGAAAGAGUGGGUCGAGAAUCCCCGAGAAGCGAAGAAGACGGUGGAGGAGAUCUUCGACGGGGUAGGUCCGUUGCCGAUUUGGAACCGUUACAGAGUGCGGGAACGCCUGAAGGAGGUCUUACGGCAGUACGAACUCCGGGAGAGGCACUUCGAGUGUGUCAUCCGCUCCAAGGAGUUGGAGGUGUUACUGUCCCGGGCGCGAGCAGCGGAACAGAAGCAGGUGGCAGAGGGGGAGAAGUCUAGGGCAGACAAGCUCGAAGAAGAGGUAUGGUGGCCUUCAUGUCCGUAA